CAGCAAUAGGUACACACUUUUCGGAUAACAUCAGACAGCCAAGGACCCCUCUAUAGUGAUACAAUAAUACAAGAUGGAUCCUAUCCGGCAUAAGAUCUACCAUGUAGACAAUUUCCACUCCAGGACCUUUCUCGACACUUACUGUGCCAAUAAACCAGGAAUGGAGGAAUUGCUUAAACUGCCCAUGGAGGAGCUUCAUUAUUUUUUCAAGUUUGCUAACAUUAAAGGAGGCACGCUCAUCGACAUUAGCCUUGGUCCCAUCAUUUUCCAUCUGUAUUCAGCCUGCGAGUAUUUCAAAGAAAUCAUCCUCCUGAGAUUCAAUGAUCAUUGUAUCAUAGAGCUGAAAAAAUGGCUGCAUGAUCUUACUGGAGCUUUUGAUUGGACCCAUACCUUAUCAUUUGUCACUGAGAAGGAAGGAAUAAGUGAACUGCCUGAAGAGAAGGAUUUGCGGCUGAAGGCGGCAAUCAAACACGUGUUAAAAUGUUAUGAUGAUAAGGAAAACAUAACUGAUCCAUUGGUGUUACCACCAGCAGAUUGUGUACUGGUUAAAACUGCCCUGGAUGUCAUCAGCAAAGAUAAAGAUGAUUACAUUAGGAAUCUACAAAAGUUCACCAAACUGCUGAAGCCUGGAGGACAGUUGCUGCUAUUUGGAGCCCUGAAUGCGACAUAUUACAUGGUUGGCAAAGAUAAAUUCCACCUCUUAAAUUACGAUGAGAACUUCAUCAGAAAAGCCAUUGAACAAGAAGGCUUUGUCAUCAACCAUUUUCAAGUUCGCCCAAGGAAAACAGAAAGUGACUACAGCGAUUUUAAGGCCGUCAUCUUUGUCUCAGCUCAUAAAAAUUAAGGGCCAGAUUCACAGAGGAAAUACGCCGGAGUAUCUACUGAUACUCCGGCGUAUUUUCAAAUUUGCCGC